AUUUAAACAAGACUCAGUUUUAUUGCCUGAGAUGAGAGAAAAACAAUUGGGGAAGUUAACAUUUUUUAAGCCGUAUAUUUUUAUUUUUACGUUAAUCUAGGUGACUGAGACGAAUGAACAGCAUCUAAACUUAUUAAACACCUUUUCCAAGACUGGAAAACCCCCCCGGCAGCUGAAUUUUCAUGUCAGCCAUGUUCAUGAUAUGGAAGAAAUGUCCCGUGACGCACGUAAAGCCGCAGAUAGCGCUGCGGUGCGGAGUCCCCACCCUGCCCUGGCUGCUGUCCGAUAACGCAGAGGAGGGAAACAACAAGGCUGCUGCCUGAGACCUUUACCUCGUUUUCUUCACACAGGAGGAAUUGUUACUUCAUCUCCUUCACUCACCAAUUUUUUUUGUCUGCGUUUUUCUCAGGUGAACUGCGUUAAUGUUGUGGUAAAAUGGUUGAUUAAUUCCUUUUACGCACACCUGUUGCAAAUCUGUCUCUCUCUCUCUCUCUCUGAGAAAGUUAAAGUUAUCUCAUACUCUGGAUAAUUCUCCAUUGUUGAGUGUAACAGGCUGCCAUGCUCUCAAAGAGGGAGAAAGAGUUAAUUGCAGAAAUAUGGGAAAAGCUGACUCCUGUGGCCGAAGAUAUUGGGUCAGAUGCGCUUCUUAGGAUGUUUGCCUCCUAUCCAGGCACCAAGACGUACUUUUCCCAUCUAGACAUCAGUGCCAGCUCCCCUCAUCUGCUCUCUCACGGGAAGAAGAUUGUCCUGGCCAUAGCAGAGGGAGCCAAAAACAUCAGUCAGCUGACCGUCACCCUGGCUCCUCUCCAAACCCUGCAUGCCUACCAACUCCGGAUAGACCCGACUAACUUCAAGCUCUUCUCACACUGUAUGCUCGUCACCCUGGCCUGUCACAUGGGCGAAGACUUCACACCGGUUGCACACGCGGCGAUGGACAAGUACCUGUCGGCCUUCGCAGCCGUGCUCGCCGAGAAAUACAGAUGAGACCCAGCCACGUGUUUAUAGGGAGUAUAUAAGACAUUUAUGAUGCUUUAUGAUAUGGAAUAUUUAUGUAUGUGUAGUUGUUAUCGUGAUGAUGUUUUGUAAUAAUAAAAAUGUGCAAUUAAAA